AUUAUUGUAUGCUACAAACAAAUAAGUGAGUAAAUAUAUAAUCAAUUCUAAUCUAAAUUAUUAUUUUUUUUUUUUUAAGUUUAGAUUUUUGACCCUAUAGGGAAAAAAGUGAUGAAAAAUUCAAAAUAUAUCAUCUUAUACCAACUUGCACCUGUCUUUUGCUCUAAACUUCAAACCCAUUUCUGUCUUUUCGGACCCAGCCACUAUUAAACUCCCAAAGCAAAGCCACCGGCCUCUGUAAAGAAGACAAGGUUUCGAAACUCUCAAGCUUUUCCGUCCGCCGGUGUUUUUGUUUUUCCCAUCCGAUUUUCGCUUUCCUGGUUUUAAGGAAAAAAAGAACCCUUUUCUCAGUUUCUGAGCAAUAAAGAAGAAAAUGCAGCAGAGAAAACCUGCAUUAGGGAGGCCUUCCGGAACAGACGGCUCAGAUUUCUCCUAUCGCAUGGUUGUUGACUCUCGGUAUCAAAGAGUAGCUCAAGGAAAAUCCCGCCUCUCUGCUUUGAUUUCUAUUCAGGCUGUCAUUCAAAUGGUAGGAGUCUUAUACGCGUUUUUAUGGAAAUCAAGGGGUGAAGGUCCCAAUACGGUUGUUAUCUCAACUGUUGCUGUUGGUUUUAUUUCUCUGAUAAUUGGGGAGUUAGGUCGAAGGCGCAGCCGAGCAAGUUUCUUGAAAGUUUACAUGGUUUUAUCAUCUACUUCAACAUUUCUUACCAUUGCCUAUGCUGCCAAGGGCAAUCUUAUAUUAGAGGUUAUCAAAGAUCCAAGUGACUGGGGUGCAAAGAAGUUUGAACUUCUUGAGGUCGCUCACACUUUGCUAGGAUUUCUGAUUCAAAUAUUCGCUAUCAAGACAACAAUUUCUCUCAUCCACAAUAUGUCUCCCCCCAAAAGAGCCUCAUGAUAUUUACCACUUCUAACCUUGAAAUUAUUCUCCAUCCCAAUGGCAAACCACCGAGUUGUCUACGGACCCUCUCCAUUGUCUCCUACAAAGAUACAUCACCGAUAUCCUCCAUAAUAUCAUUUGGUUAAGUCUGCGUUUUUGUCUCUUAACAAUUUUUUUUUUUUUCAUAUUAUAAUGCUUUUAGUAAAUUAAUACAACUUUUGACAAUCAUUUCAUCAAGUCUCUUCCUAACAAGGAAAUACUUUUCUACAACAUGUUUUUCAUAUUACUUUUCAGUAAAUUAAUUAGAACUUUGACAAAUUAAAAAACUCUAGUUAUUGUUGAGAGAGACACAAGAGGAAAUAUAUAUUUAUCAUAUUGCCUUAAGCGAGGGUCCGGAAACUGGUGGGUCUUGCAGUCAAGCCCCCUCCUGCCUCUCCGUCUGACCCGAGAAAACCUUUGCCGCCAUCCGUUAUCUCUUGGGGUAGUGAAAUCUUACACUUAUAAUGACCAAGAAUGUCCCUUUUGGGUAUUCUUUUCUCUGCCAUGGUUCUCUCUUUUCUGAGUUCUGGUUUGCUUCUUGUUUUUAUCUUAGUGGAAGGUGUUUUUGGAUGUUCAAUCCGUAGUUCUUCUAAAUACAAAAGAAAGCCAAGAGAGACAUCCAUGGCCAAUAUAAAUCUAAGAUUUUACUACGUUAAGCAAUAUAAUAACUUACUAACGAAUAUAUAUAUAUAUAUAUAUAUAUGAUAAACAUACACGGUGAGGAAACCAUAACUCCUAAUCGUAUCUGAUGCAGAAAAAAAAUAAAAUAAAAAAAUCCACUAACCCAUGGUCACUUUUCUUUAUGCGUAAGGACGUUAUUUAUUUAUUUUUUUGGUUUUUUUCUUCUAUGGGAAUUGCGUUUAUAUAUUUGUAGAUGUUCUAAAUUGUAGUCGAAAUAUGAUUAGAAUUAAUACACUUGUUGCAUUGAGACGGGAUUAUAUUUUAACAGAGUUUGUAUUAUAGUUUACUACUAGUGUCUAGAUAUAAAGGUUGUAGAUGUAGCAGAUUAGAAUUCCUUUACGGAUAGAUUUCCAAAGCUUAAUUGACAUGUUAAGCAAAAGCAAUUUAAUAUAAAACCAUAAUAUACGUGAUCUUGAUCUUUAUUCUUGGGA